AUGUGGGAGGGCGCUGCCGAAAGACGCUGGGUACAGAGGCUGCCAGUGCUCCUUCCUUUCCUGCUGCCUUUGUUCUGCACCGCGCUCUCUGAGCAGAUCCGCUACAAGAUCCCCGAGGAAAUGCCCACCGGCUCGGUAGUGGGGAACCUCGCCAAGGACUUGGGCUUCAGUGUCCAGGAACUACCGACGCGAAAGCUGCGUAUCAGUUCCAAAAAGCCUUACUUCAGCGUGAGUGCAACCAGCGGAGAGUUGCUAGUGAGCAGUAGGCUGGACAGGGAGCAGAUUUGCGGGAAGAAGCCGUUGUGUGUUCUGGAAUUUGAGGCUGUUGCUGAAAAUCCGUUGAACUUUUAUCACGUGAGCGUGGAGCUUGAGGACAUUAAUGACCACAUGCCAAAAUUCACGCACAUUUUCUCGGAGCUGCAAAUAAGUGAGUCUGCACAACCGGGCACCCGAUUUAUAUUAGAGGUAGCAGAAGAUGCGGAUAUUGCCAUAAACUCGCUACAGAAUUAUAAACUCUCUCUUAGCCCUAGUUUCUCACUAGUGAAUAAAGAAAAACAAGAUGGUAGUAAAUACCCGGAGUUGGUAUUGGAGAACACUUUAGACCGUGAGCAGCAGAAUUUCUACCGAUUAGUUCUGACUGCUUUUGACGGCGGGAAUCCUCCCCUAAGUGGUACUACUGAGCUUCGGAUCCAAGUUACUGAUGCCAACGAUAAUCCUCCCGUGUUCAACCAGGAAGUGUACAGAGUUCGCCUUCCAGAAAACGUGCCCCCAGGCACAACUGUGCUACAGGUGACAGCUACCGACAAGGAUGAGGGCGUGAAUUCAGAGAUUACUUAUUCCUUCUACAGAGCUGGACAAGUGUUCAGUCUAAAUUCAAAGAGUGGAGAAAUUACAACCCAGAGGACACUGGAUUUUGAAGAAAUCAAAGACUAUUCUAUAGUGGUGGAAGCGCGUGAUGGCGGAGGCCUGGUUGCUCAAUGCACAGUUGAAAUUAGCAUUCAGGAUGAAAAUGACAACAGCCCAGAAAUUACAGUUCACUCUCUACUCGAAACGAUUCCAGAAAACGCAGCACCGGGAACACUAAUUGCAUUGAUCAAAAUCCACGAUGGAGAUUUCGGGGAAAACAGGGAGGUUAAUUGUGGACUAGACGGUGAGGUGCCCUUCAAAAUUAUCUCAUCUUCCAAAAACUCAUAUAAAUUAGUAACAGAUAGAACCUUAGACCGAGAGCUGACCCCAGAAUACAAUGUCACCAUCACCGCAAUUGAUAGAGGCAAGCCACCCCUCUCCUCCACGACAAAAAUCAUCCUACACAUUGGUGACGUCAAUGACAACACUCCGCUUUUCCAUCAGACAUCCUACUUGGUGUAUGUAGCCGAGAACAACCCACCUGGAGCCUCCAUCGCCCAAGUCAGCGCAUCUGACCCGGAUUUGGGAUCCAAUGGUGAUGUUUCCUACUCCAUCAUAGCCAGCGACCUGGAACCUAAAUCGCUGUGGUCAUAUGUGACCGUGAACGCACAGAGCGGAGUGGUGUUCGCGCAGCGCGCCUUCGACCACGAGCAGCUGCGCUCCUUCCAGCUGACACUGCAGGCACGCGACCAGGGCUCGCCCGCGCUCAGCGCCAACGUGAGCAUGCGCGUGCUAAUAGGUGAUCGCAACGACAAUGCACCACGCGUGCUGUACCCCGCGCUCGAGCCCGAUGGCUCAGCGCUUUUCGACAUGGUACCGCGUGCCGCCGAGCCCGGAUACCUGGUCACCAAAGUGGUGGCAGUGGAUGCUGACUCCGGACACAAUGCCUGGUUGUCGUACCACGUGCUGCAGGCCAGCGAUCCCGGACUCUUCAGCCUGGGCCUGCGCACUGGCGAGGUGCGCACAGCGCGUGCCUUGGGAGACAAGGACGCGGCGCGGCAGCGUCUGUUGGUUGGUGUUCGCGAUGGUGGACAGCCACCGCUCUCGGCCACCGCCACGCUGCUUCUAGUAUUCGCUGACAGCCUGCAGGAGGCCCUGCCAGACCUCAGUGACAGCCCACUAUCCCCUGACCCUCAAUCCGAGCUGCAGUUCUACUUGGUGGUGGCCUUGGCCUUGAUUUCUGUGCUUUUCCUCCUGGCUGUGAUUCUAGCCAUCGCGCUUCGACUGCGACACUCUUCCAGCCCCUCUGUCUGGGGCUGCUUUCAGCCUGGAUUUUGUUCUGAAUCUAGACCUGUGGUUCCCCCCAACUACAGCGACGGUACUUUACCAUAUUCCUAUAAUCUGUAUGGUGCACAUGUCGGAAAGACAGAGUGUAAUUUUCUAAAAUGCAGUGAGCCAUUGAGUUCAGGACAAGGCCUUCUUUGCCCUGAGUCAUCCGGGGCCUUGUUUCCAAUUUGUGAUCCCAGUGAGCCGACUUCCCACCCGGAACCUCUAACACCGGUGAGUUCCAUUGAAACUUUUGCUUCUCUCUUCCUGAACUACACAACUAUCUAUAGUCACGUGCCAGUACAGCACGUUUUCUGGUCGUGUGAGUCCUCUUCAAAAAAGUUAAAAUGCCUCAAAGUUCUAUUUCCUUUCAUCAAUGAAGAUGACGUGAAAUGUGACAUAAAAUAA